UCGUGACAUUAACAAGAUGGUGAACACAUCACAGAACGAAAGUGCCAUCCAACAGUCAUCUGGUAAACUUGCACACAAACGACAGAAAGCUGCAAGACAUUUCUUUUGGAUGUCCAUUGUUUUGGUAGGAAUUUCAACAAGUAGCAUCGUCUUUGGAAUUGUAUUGGUUGUCCAUAGUAUAGGGCGAUUUGUUUUCAGUUUCUCAGUGCACACAGGCGCUCUAAUAUGGUCGGGAACAAUGCUCUUGCUCAGUGGUAUAUCUUGUUAUUUUGUCUCUAAGAUGGAUAUUAAUAAUAUUAAUCUACCAUCUUCAAGCUAUAUCAAGAGAGUGACUGUUUACAGAGUGAUAAACGGACUGAGCUUAGGAAUAAAUGUUAUAGCUACUGGACUCUGUUCUGUCUCUGUCUUCUGGAUCACACUGAUUUGCAUGGCAUCUCAUUACCCGUGUUCUCUCUCAGAUUACCAGAAGUGGGACAUUGUAGCAUUUAUACUCUCCAUCAUUAUGUGUAUCGCUAACAUUGUUGGGUUUGUUUUAACAUGUUCAUUGCGGAUAAAUAAUAACGCAUUCCAAUCUUAUGCAAAAAGAAACACUUCUAGAAAUAUCAGAUACACUGAAAGGAAUCCACACGAGAGAGGAAAUUAUAGUAUAAGAAAUAUAGAUCUGCCCCAACAACACAAUUAUAGACCAUGUGAUUUAGAUCCUAGAUUUUAUGGAGAAUAUAGAUUAUGUAAAUUGCAGAAUAGGUAUUUAGAUCCUAGGUUUUAUGGAGAAUAUAGGUUAUGCAGAUUGCAGAAUAUGUUGCCUCCGGACACAUAUUCGGAUUUAGAUCCUAAAUUUAAUAAAGAAUAUAGAUUAUGUAGAUCACAGAAUAUGUUGCCUUCGGCUUAUGGCUUUAAGGCACGAGAGGUCAAUAUUUUCAAUACGCCUACUGACCCACCUCCAUCUUAUUACUGUGCGUGAUAAUAAAUUGGCGUAACAUACUAAAUCACCAGGUAUAAAUAAUUUCUUUUCGGUAUUCAUGAAUUAGCGCAUCAUUGUCCGAGCAAUUUGGCAUUAUAAGAUAAUAGAGUGUAAAUUAAAAUGUAUACCGCGGGGUUACCAGUCGCCCAUCCAACUGACUAAGUCCUAGUAGUCAUUUACAUACAAUUUUGUAUCUAAGUUCACUGUUGUUAUUGACUUCAAAAUACAGCUCCACCAGUAAACAUGUUUUUUGUUGAUAAAAUUUUGAUACUAUUUUUUACGUUUAGUUUGUAUUUAUUCACAAUUAA